UAUCCCACAACUAGCACCGUGGCAUGGAGGUGCUUAUGAAAGGCUAGUAGCAAUUGUUAAGCAUUGCUUAAAGAGAACGCUUCAAAAACAUAUGCUGGAAGACAAUCAACUUUUAACGAUUAUCAAAGAAGUAGAAGCGGUUACUAAUACCAGACCUCUCACUUAUGUAGGAUCAAAUGUAGAGCACAUACUUAAACCUGCGGAUUUCCUAACACCGGGAAAGUGUUUAAGUAUAGAAGUACUCAUGGAAGGUCUACCACUUUCGGGAUCACUGAUCAAACAACAACUUAUAGAAGGUUGGAAUCGUGGCAACAGAAUAAUGGAUGAAUACAAAGAAAUGUUUAUUAACCAAUACUUAUUAAGUCUCAGGGAAAGGUAUCGAAAUUCACCUAAACAGGCUAGGGUGAGGUCUCAUGAAAGUCCAAUGGUUGGAGAUAUAGUACAAAUAAAGGGUGAAGCCAAAAAUAGAGAAGGAUGGAAGGUAGGAAAAAUUUCAGAAUUAAUAAAAGGAAAAGACGGUUUGUGCAGGGUUGCAAAGGUAAAAGUGGGAGACAGUGUGUUCACAAGAUCCAUAGCACAUUUGUAUCCUCUGGAAGCGGAUGAAGAGGCAUCAUUCCAAGAUUCUACGAAAGAAUCCCCAGUGUAUGAAGAUAAAGAAUUACACAUCCGCACUGAUGGUCUUUCUCAGUCCUUACCAUUAAGAACUGAAGAGAGUAACGUCUAUGUUCCUACUAGCUCUAUCAAAGAUCAUCAAAAACUAAGCAAGAAUAAUGAAAACGAUUUAACGAUGGAUCAGAGCGAGUUGUUGGAGAAUACAAGUUCGACACAAAUUAUGGAAACCACUCCAGAACCAGUUCCUUCUGGCAUAGACACAGAAAUGAAUGAUGAAGCGACGUCGAGUCACCAGGCUGAACCAAGUGAUCAACGUCGAGUAGCUGCCGUUCAGGCUAUGGAAAGGAUCCAUAGAUGGACGCAAGAAUUAAUGUCAACUAUCCAAUAAACUCUAUCAAAGAGGCGGGGCAGUGUCGCGAAAUACGCGAUGAUUGUGAAUGCAUACAUAGCAACACUAAGUCCGGAAACGGAAUAGAAAGAAAAACAAAAUAUAUUGUCGAUGGUCGUGGGGAGAAUCAUUGUGCUCUGCUCACCUGCAAUCUUAACCUGGAGUUCUGGGCAUCCCGGGCCAUGUCGUGAGAAGCAAUUAUAAGGUAAGGAUGACCAUAUUUCUACCGUACAGAUUAAAGCCUCAUUUAUCAUAAUGUUAGAUUUUGUAUGUUCAUAGACAAAGUUACAUAAUAACACCAACAAGCGAAGCAGGUAAUUUGUAAUUACUGAGUUAUAAUUUAUAUUGAACUAAGGCAUAAGCUAUAGUGUUGAAAGAUCUCAUAAAUUCCAC